AUGAUGCUUCGGAAUGUAAAUGAUCAAAUUGAAGUGUUUUAUCGAAUAUCCGACGAUAAUAUGUCAUAAAAAUCGAUGUAUUGAGCCAUAUCAAUUUUUCUAGAUGUUCUCUCUGGAAACAUCGGAAUAGAUCUCACAAUGCAUAUUUUUUCCCAUAAAUAUAUUGAAAAAACAGUUAUGGGUACUGUAGUACUUUUUCAAAACACAAACACAGUCAAAAACAAGAAAUAAAUAAAAAAUAAUUGAGAUUGUGUGUGUUUGUGUGCAGCGCGCGCUCUAGGUGAGCUUAUUCAAUCUGAAAUAACUAAAAAAGAGUAUCGAUUAAUUUUCUCAUACUUUGCUCCUGGGGGUAAAAAGGUAUGAGGAACAUUAUAAAAGCAGUUACAGCGCGCGCAUUUUUGGUUUAAAAGGAGAAAAAUCGAUUUUUAGAAAAAUUUCAAAAAAAAAUUUUCCAAAAAUUUUGGUGCAACCUUUAGGGAGCUGCACCAUAUUGAAGCGGAUGUUGUCGAUGAAAGUCCAUCAUUAAUGAAUCAAAACCGCGUUGAGUUUGUGAAAAAAGCUUGACUUUGAAGAAAGUUCCUCAAAUUUUAUUGGAGACCACCCACGAAUUUUUCACGUGAUCACGUGAAAGGGGGGAAACACAUUUGGGUCAAAAUUUUUGGUGGAGAGUCAUCCUCACCCAUAGGGCUUUCAAAGAAAAAUUUGAGCCGAAUCCGAGACUAUGACUUUUUUCUUGGCCGCAGCCUUUCAUUAAAAUUUCCUUUCUUACAAAUAACCUCUCUUAACACCGUUGAAAAAAAAAAUAUUGGGACAUUUUUUAAUUUUGACAUGAUUUGAAAAUUCACAAAAUUCCGAAAAUUCAUGAUAAUUGAAUCCCGGUGGAUUACUCAUUUGAAGAUCAGAAAUUGUUAUAACUGUGAAACAGUGUGUAUUAUGAUCUAGAAAAACUAUUUUGAGCAAGAAAUAUGAAAUUUAUCAGCCAGGGAAAAUUCUUGUUGAACAAAGUAUCUAGCGAGUACGGAAAGAUUUUUCAUAACUCUUCGAAGGGCAGAAAAAAUAUUGUGAACUUUCCGAGAACUCUUGAUAUUUUUUCUGCGUGGUCCUGGAUAGUCAGGAAAGUCUCAAAAAAAUUUUCAUAGAGAUCGGUUAAGUACGACAGUCACCAGAGUUAGUGGAAUUUGUCGCUAUAAUUUGUUGUCACCCUGUAUUGACGAUUUGUGCAAUUACCUUUAAAGGAAAUCCUUACCUUUAAAGGAAAUCUAGUUGUUCAUCAAAAUUUAUCAGAGUUAUUCUAAAAAUUACAAGUUUUCUCCUAAUUUUCCCAUAACUUUUGCAGCAACGAAUGGUCGGUUUGUGAAACUCGUCACGAAAAAGACAUUCGUCCAUGCGUCAAACAAAUCGAUACAGUAGCCGGUGAAUGGCCGACACAAACCAAUUAUCUGUACACAACUUUCAACGGCGUUCAAUACGAUGUCGAAUUCAAUAUGAAGAAUGCGGUGAUGGUGCUUGGAAGUGGGGUUUAUCGAAUUGGAUCGUCGGUGGAAUUUGACUCGUCGUGUGUUGGAUGUAUUCGAGAAUUGAAGGUGAGGGUGAUAAAAUUUGUAGAAUUUUUGCUUAAAAAUUCGAAUUAGCGCGAAAAUUUGAUUGAAAAUAGAGGUUUUCUUGAUUUUCAGCAGAAAAUUUAAGUCUAAAAACCUUUGCGAAAUUUAUCCAAAUUUUGAAAUAGUGAAAUGGUCUGGAUCAAAAUUUAGCGCUGAAAAUCAUUGAUUUUCAGCACAACAUUUCAAUCGGGAAAAUUAUUUUGAAUUUGUUGAACAAAUUGAUUGAAAUUCGGUAUUUCUGAGAGAGAAUUCAAUUUUUUCAAAUUCUGAAUAAGCUCCUUGAAAGGGUUUUGAUGAAAUUUUAGGUCCUAAACAUACAUGUUUCUGUACAGUUUUUCACGCUGAGAAAUAUCCAGUUUUCAGUUUUUGCUGAAUGACUCUCUGAAGAGCACAAAAAUGAGCCAGAAGUUGAGAAUUUUGGGAAAAAUCGCGUUUUUGAGAGCCAGUAAUCCAUGUUAGAGAAGAUUUUAUGAAAAACUGAAUACAAUUUACCAAAGUCAUCACCCUGUAUUCAGUUUUUGAUAAAAUCUUCUCUAACAUGAGUUACGGGCUCUCAAAAACGCGAAUUUUCACAAAAUUAUCAAUUUUUGGCUCAUUUUUGAGCUCUUUAGACAGUCGCACAGCAAAAAUUGGAUCUUUUCAUCGUGAAAAACACUUCCCUAUUUUUUUUUAAAUUACAAUCCAGGCUCUUGGUUAUACUACGAUCACAAUCAAUUGUAAUCCUUGGUCUUGGUUAUACUACGAUCACAAUCAAUUGUAAUAAUGGAAUUUUGUACACAAAAUUAUACAGAAAACUGUGUUUUUGUGUGGAAAAAUUGGCCAAAAUAAUUGUCGAAGUUGAAAAAUUAAUUUUGAAAAUAAAUUUAUUUCAGAAAAAAAUUCGAAUCAAAUUUUAUAAAUUUUUAGAGUUAAAAUUUGAAAUUUCAAGUUUGUAUUUUUCAAUAAAAAUUUUCAUGGUUUCAGUGAAAAUUUUGAAUUUUUUGGGAUUUUCUACUCGGAAUAAUGAAGAAAAUUGUGUUUUUGUUUGGAAAAAUUUUAGUUUUUUGAAAUUUUCCAAGUUGAAGUGCAGAAUUAAACGAAUGCAAAAAACUGUACUUCGUCAGUCGCGUGCGGUUGUGCGCCGCGGUCCUUGUUUCCCGACCGCGACCAUCUCAGCAUUUGCAGAUGUAGCUAAAUCAUAUUUUGAGGGUUUUCGUAGCUGAACCGUAGAAACAACUUGAAUCUCCAGCUAAAUCGAAGCAAAAAUUUAGCUCAGUGUUUCUGACCGAUUUCUCAGCUAAAACACACAUUCGUUUUAGCUACGGUUUUUUGGCGCGCAAACAUUUGGGCAGCAACGUUUGGGCCGCAACGUUUGGGCCGACGGCCCGAACGGGCUGCUUUUUCGGCCCGACCCGGGGCGGCCCGGGCAAAGACGACAUGCCUGUGACUCGAAAAUUUCUAUUUUCAAAUUUUCAAAAAAUUUUAGUCUGAAAAUUUAAAAUUGGAAUUUUAGAAUCAGAUCAAAAAUUAUUGUUUUUCGCAAUGAAAUUUUGAAUUUUAGGCCCACAACUCCACGUGGACUAUUUAUUGUCGGCCUAAAAUUCGAAAUUUUCAUGGCGAAAAUAAUUCCAGAACUUUAUUUUUAGCACUAGAGAACUAUAUUUUUGUUGUGAUUCUGAAAUUCCCAUGUUAAAUUUUUAGACUUAAAUUUUUGAAAAUUUGAAAAUUGAAAUUUUCGCGAGUCAAGAAAAAAAUUGAAUUUAAAAAAAUCUUAUUGAAUUUUUGAAAAAAACUUUUUUUUUCAUAUUUUCAGCACUAGAAAAACUAUAAUUUUUGAUCUGAUUUUUAAAAAUCCAAUUUUAAAUUUUCAGAAUUAAAUUUUAGAAAAUUUGAAAAUUUAAAAUAGAAAUUUUCGAGUCAAGAAAAAAAUAAUAAAAUUAAAAAAAUCUUAUGAAAUUUUUGGAAAAACAUUAAUGCUGCAAAUUAUUAGGCUUGGGCUUAAAAUUUAGGCUUGGGCUCAAAAUCACUUCAAUUUUAGGCCUAGGCUUAGGUUGAAAAGCAGACCGAAGUUCAAAAUUUAGGCUCAGAUUUUAAAACAGUAAGGCUUAGGCUUGUUGAAGUUGCGCGUAGGCUUAGGCCAAAAAUUCAGGCUAACAAUUUUCAAGGCUUAGGCUUAAAAUCACUUAGGGUUAAGCUUCAAUUUUAGGCCUAGGCUUUGGUUGAAAAGCAGACCAGGAAAUCCAUAAUGUUUAGGGAUUAGGGUUCAAAAAUUUAGGCUUGAUUGAAGUCUGACUUACCGUCAAACUUUAGGCGUAGGCUUUGAAUUUAGGGCCCGAAUUUCAAGCCCAAACUGAAAUUUUUUAAUUUCUAGCUCUAGCUCUCUAAAAAUCCAAUUUUUCCAGUCGCUCUUCUCCACCGUAUUCGUCGUUCCAAAAAAGAACAUUUUCAUCUCAAUCGGAGGAUAUCACGCAAAAGCGGAAAUGUUGAAAAGUGUCGAAAUUUUGCAACAUUUGGGCUAUGAAUUGUACGGAUCAAAAGGUGAGGAUUCUCCAACGUUUUUAUCAUAAAUAAUUCUUAUAUUUUUGUCCAGGAACCGCUGAUUAUUUUAAAAUGAACAAAAUCAACGUGAAACCGGUCGAUUGGCCGUUUGAAGAAGGAUCGUCGGAUGAAAAAAUGGCGAGUGGAAGCCGGAGUGUCGUUGAAUUCCUGGAAAAUAAGGAAUUCCAUUUGGUCAUUAAUCUGCCGAUUCGGGGAUCUGGGGCGUAUCGAGUUUCAGCUUUUCGAACUCGAAGAAUGGCUGUUGAUAAUGGAAUUCCAUUGAUUACUGAUAUUAAAUGUGUCCAUCUAGUCAAAAUUCCAUUUUCAUUCCAAACUAUAUUCCGUUAUUUGUCAAUUCAUCUAAUAAAUGUUGUUUGA